AUGGAUUCAGGAAGCAGUAGAAAUUUGGAGAAUACAGUGAAGAGAAUCUAUCAUGAUCAGCUUGUUCCAAAGAUAAACACAAGCAAGAAAAUGUCCACCUUAGCAAAUUCACCUAACAGCCUGGAGGUGCCACCAGAGAUGAAGAAAGGCUGCGGAGAGAAACAAGUAGAAAUCACAGCUGAAAGAAUAAAAAUGGCAAAGAGCAUCAAAGAAAAACAAAAUAAUGAUUUAGAGAAAGUGGCCUUUAAACGGAAGGCAGAAGGUGAAGAAAAGCCAGUGGGAAAGAAAGAGGCAAAGAUACUCGAACUUGACAAUCAGUUAAUCACCAUGCCUCUGCCUCACAUCCCCUUAAAGAACGUAAUGGAUGUGGAGAUGAAGUUGGUCUACAUUGAUGAAGAGGACGUGAGCUAUGAGUUUGUGGAGUCCUUCAUGUCCACUGGGAUUCAGCCAGCAUGCCAAACUACUGAAAUAGUAGACCCUUUGAGUGUACCUAAUUUCAGCUUUCUGCCUCAGAUUGACAAAUGGCUUCAGGUAGCCUUAAAGGAUGCCAGCUCUUGCUAUAGACAAAAGAAAUACGCCGUGGCAGCGGGACAGUUCAGAACAGCACUUGAGCUUUGCAGCAAAGGGGCAGCUCUGGGAAAACCUUUUGAAUCAUCUGCUGAAGAUAUAGCAAGCGUGGCAAGUUUCAUUGAGACAAAGCUUGUUACCUGCUAUCUUCGGAUGAGGAAACCUGACCUUGCUCUGAAUCAUGCACACAGGAGUAUUGUUCUAAACCCAGCCUAUUUCCGAAACCAUCUUCGUCAAGCAACAGUGUUUAGAUGUCUGGAGAGAUAUUCAGAAGCUGCCCGGAGUGCCAUGAUUGCUGACUACAUAUUCUGGCUCAGAGGAGGAAGUGACCAGUGUGUAAGCAAGCUCAUCAAGCUAUAUUGGCAGGCCAUGAUUGAAGAAGCCAUCACCAGAGCUGAAUCUUUCUCAGUUAUGUACACACCAUUUGCAACAAAAAUAAGAGCUGAUAAAAUAGAAAAAGUAAAAGAGGUUUUCACAAAAACUCAUCCUGCGUAUGUAGAGUACAUCUACACAGACCUUCAAGGACUCCACCUGUUGCCUCAGACAGCUGACUGGUCAUCAUUUCCUCCUCAACAAUAUCUCUUGACUCUUGGUUUCAAAAACAAAGAAGAUGGGAAAUUUUUGGGAAAAAUAUCAAGUAGGAAACUUCCAACAUUUACAGAACAUAAAACUCCCUUCGGUCUGCUGACCAAAGAAGACACAGUGAGACACAUGGAGACGAUGGGGAAGCGAAUCUUGCCGAUAUUGGAUUUUAUUAGAGGCACCCAAUUGAAUGGGAGCAUGUGUGUGUGCUCGGGCGUGAUGGAGAAGUUGCAGUACGCCAGCCUCCUCAGCCAGCUGCAGAGAGUAAAGGAGCAGUCCCAAGUGAUUAAUCAAGCAAUGGCAGAGCUAGCAACCAUUCCCUAUCUACAGGACAUCAGUCAACAGGAGGCGGAAUUGCUGCAGUCGCUAAUGGCAGAUGCUAUGGACACCCUUGAAGGAAGAAGAAGCGAUAAAGAACGUGUGUGGAAUACAAUCCAAAAGAUUGGACGAAUUGAAGAUUUUCUAUACCAGUUAGAGGACAGUUUCUUAAAAACUAAAAAGAUGAGAACUGCUCGAAGGCAAAAAACAAAAAUGAAACGGCUUCAAACGGUGCAGCAAAGCUAG